AUGGAGCAAGAAGCGGCUGCGCGGGCGCCGGAGCACGUGGGCAAGGUGACCAUCCGGCCGUUCGACCUCGCCGACGUCGACGCCAUGACGUCCUGGGCAGCGGCGGAUCCCGUAAUACUGCCCGCGGCCUCCACGACCUGGUGCUCCUACCCCAACCCGUCCCGUGACACGCUACUCGCGUUCCUCCGGGACACGGUGCUCCCGCAUCCCUGUUUCCGCGCCGUCUGCCUAUCCGGCGCCGUCGUGGGCGCGGUGUCCGUGACGCCGACGGACGACCGGUGCCGCGCGGAAGUCGGGAUCGUGCUGUCUCGCGCGCACUGGGGCAAGGGCGCGGCCGCUGCGGUGGCACUGAGGCGCGCGGCCGCCGCUGCGUUCGGCGUCCUGGAGGGCGUGGAGCGCGUGGAGGCGCUCGUGGACGCCGACGACGCCGCGGCCCGGCGCGUGCUGGAGGAGGCCGGGUUCCGCCUCGAGGCCGUGCUGCGGAGCUACCGAGCCGUCGAGGGUCGGCUCACGGACGUGGCCGUCUACAGCCUCAUCUCCACCGAUCCACUCCUCGACUGA